CGUGCUACCUAUGGUAUACAGAUUUCGUGCAGCCCCUGAAAGCAGCACGUACUGUAUGCGUCUCGCGGAAGACCCAAACCCACGGCUAAACCAAUAAACCGCGAGAACACACCGGCUGUAAGAAAGAGAAUUAUCAACGCACAUAUGAGUUUUUAUAUCUUUCUAUAUAGUUGAAUAUUGGCAUCAAAGUAUCUCAUAUGUUAGUUUUAUUUUGACAAACAGAAACAGAAACAGAACCAUAACUCAGCUCGCGACGUGGUUGAUAACAAAGUGACAGAUCAGACAACAGCCACACGUGCUCGUUUCCUGCUUUGAAAAGACCUAAGAAUAAAGUAUUAUCGCCGAUAUUCUCCGUUUUCUACCAUCUCCGGCUUUUGUUCUACCUCUUCGUUGACGACAUUUUCUGGUGACAGAUGGAGAAGCAGCCCUUGCCAACUGACGAUGACAGGGCAGGAACCACAGAGUCCGAGAUCGACUGCUAUGUUGGUGAAGAGAGCCAGGAGGCCUCGUCUGAGCCUGCUGCUCGAGCAGGAUGGAACAGUAAAGUAGAGUAUUUUUUGGCUCAGGUGGGAUUCAGCGUCGGGCUCGGAAACGUGUGGAGGUUUCCAUAUUUGUGCCAUCAAAAUGGAGGAGGAGCGUUUCUCCUCCUGUAUGUGCUGCUGAUGCUGGUCGUGGGCAUUCCCUUGUUCUUCCUGGAGCUGGCAGCCGGUCAGGCCAUCCGACAGGGCAGCAUUGGAGUGUGGAAGUACAUCUCCCCCAAGCUGGCAGGCAUCGGCUACUCCAGCUGUGUGGUAUGUUUCUUUGUGGCUCUCUACUACAACGUGAUCCUUGCAUGGAGUCUUUUCUAUCUUGGGAACUCGUUCCAGUACCCGUUGCCUUGGGAACAGUGCCCAAAACAGGGGAAUGUAACAGUAAAAGAAUGUGAAAAUAGCUCCCCCACAUCGUAUUUCUGGUACCGCAAAGCCUUGGAUAUCACAGACUCAAUAGAUGAGACGGGCUCUUUCAACCCUUACGUGGUCUGCUGUCUGCUGGCGGCCUGGACAGUCGUGUGCCUGGGAAUGUCCAAGGGUAUCAAGUCCUCUGUCAAGGUGAUGUAUUUCUCCUCCAUCUUUCCCUACGUGGUGCUGUUCUGCUUCCUCGUCCGCGGGCUCCUGCUGAAUGGAGCCUUGGAGGGAAUCACUUACAUGUUCUACCCCAAGCUGGAAAUUUGGGCCGACAUUCAGGUGUGGCGGCAGGCAGCCACGCAGGUUUUCUUUGCCUUAGGUCUUGGCUUUGGGUCCAUUAUCGCCUACUCCUCUUACAAUCCCAAGAACAACAACUGCCACCGCGAUGCCUUCACUGUCUCCACUAUAAACUUCCUCACAUCUGUGCUGGCCACUCUGGUGGUGUUUUCUGUGCUCGGCUUCCGCGCCAAAGGCAAGGCCAUGGAAUGUGUAGUCAGUAAUAUGAGGGAGUUAUCAGAGCAGUUUCACAGUGGUAAUGUGGACAAAAAGCUGAUGCCAGACUUCAACGACUCUGAUCCCAGUUCUGUGGCUCUAGAGGACUACAGAGCCUGGUUUAAACAGUAUGGAAAUAUGGUCCCAGGCAAUUUAACAGACUGUGACCUGGAAAAAGAGAUGCAACAGGGUGUGGAGGGCACAGGUCUAGCUUUUAUUGCCUUCACAGAGGCUAUGUCACUCCUGCCUGGCAGCCCCUUCUGGUCAGCGCUCUUCUUCCUCAUGCUGCUCAAUUUAGGACUCAGUACCAUGUUUGGCACUAUGGAGGGCAUCCUCGCCCCACUCACUGACCGCUUCAAAACUCUGGCCAACAACAAGACCAAAUUCACAAUUUUCAGCUGCGUCAUCGGCUUUGUAAUUGGACUGCUCUUCACCCAGCGUUGUGGGAACUACUUUGUGAUGAUGUUUGAUGAUUACUCCGCCACUCUGCCCCUCAUCAUUGUGGUGGUUUUUGAGACCUUCAGUGUGUCUUGGCUAUAUGGAGCUGAUAGGUUCCUCGAUGACAUUGAGGCCAUGCUGGGCUGGCGUCCCAAUGUGAUUUACAAGUAUCUGUGGAAAUACAUCUGCCUGAUUGCUAUGCUGGGGCUGCUGGGCGCCACCACCAUUCGCAUGUUCAUCAAACGCCCCACUUAUAUGGCAUGGAACCGAGAGAAGGCGACUGAGGAGCACCUGGAGUACCCAGACUGGGCUCUGGCCGUUUUGGCUAUACUCAUCGUAUUUGCUAUGCUGCCUGUGCCAGUGGGCUUGAUCCACGCUGUUCUGCAGGACAGGACAAAGCAAACCGCCACAGAAACAGAGACUGUUCAGUACAGCAUUGUCAGCACUGAUGACAAGUGUGAAACUCCUAUGACGGACAUGUCAGAACUGGACCGAAGGAACGGGAGCGCCAUCUCCUUUUCCUAAACACGAUGUCACACACUUUUUUAUUCUUUUAAACUUUAAAUUAAAUCCAAGGUAUCCAGAGAAAAUACUAAUACUUCAACAAGUACAACUUUUAAUAAAAAAUGUGUAAUAUGGAACAAAAAAUAACUUAUUGCUAUGUACAGGGUAACCACUAAACUGAUUGUUAAGGUGCUGACACACCAAGGAGAUUAUCGGCCGUUGGACAGUCUGGCGAGGUCAGUGACUCAAAUCUGUUCGC